AAGCAAGUGAAGAGAGCACCAGUGCACAGCCUCAUUUUCCAGUAAACUUCCAUGACCUCUGCUGUGGUGUGGACACUGUAACAGAUCUACUCAUCUGCUAAACAACAUAAUACAUCAUCUGCUGAAAAUGGAGAAUUCAUCCGAGCACUCUCGAUGGGUUUCCCCCAACCUGGUCAGUCCUGACCCAUUAGCAAGUUACACCACAGAACCCGGACUGCUGCCACCAGGUGAAGACGAUGAGCCUUUCUACACAAACUCAGAGACUGACUUAGUUUCAUCAUAUUAUUCCACCAGUGGCCAGAACCGAGCCUCGUCGUCCUAUAGACACAGCCCAGUUCGCCAGGUCUACUCUUCUCCAUCAGUUCUGGGAAACAUCCCAUGGCUGGACAAUACUGGAGGUCACUCUCUCAAUUCUACCUACAACCCCACAUCCACUGUCUGGACAAGUAGCCCCUUCUCAAAGACCCCUCUUCACCCCCACACCUCCCCACCCAUGUACCCUAACAGCACCGCCCCCUCAUUCACCUCUCCCAAAGAGGGUUUCACCUCACCGAAUUAUGAUGGGAAGGACAGUCCCAGACUCCAGGAAGUCCUGAAAGCUGAGAGAUUGAGUCCCAUGGGGGGUGGUGGGAGCAGCUUUCUUAAUCUGACCUCACCUGCCGGGGGAGUGUACGGUCCUUCUCCGCACAUGCUAGGUCCUUAUGGAUCAUACAUGGCCACAUCGCAAGACUACAGUUCAGCUGCACUCUAUUCUACUGCGGGACCCUGGAUGAACCCAUCCUACUCACCCAAACUUCGCAAUAAGAUGAGACUAUCACCACCAGAGGCACGUGAAUGUGUGAACUGUGGAGCGACUGCCACCCCUUUAUGGCGUCGAGAUGGAACAGGCCACUACCUGUGUAACGCUUGCGGACUGUACCAUAAGAUGAAUGGCCAGAACAGACCACUCAUCAGACCAAAAAAGAGACUGAUUGUAAGCAAGCGUGCUGGAACACAGUGUGCCAACUGCCACACAAGCACUACAACACUAUGGAGACGCAAUGCCAACGGUGAGCCUGUGUGUAACGCCUGUGGCCUUUACUUUAAACUGCACAAUGUCAACAGGCCUUUAACUAUGAAAAAGGAUGGAAUACAGACACGCAAUCGCAAGGUGUCUAACAGAAACAAGAAGGGAAAAAAAGGUGGAGCUCCGGAGGCUUACCCUGAUAUGUCACACAUUGCCCCUCAUAAUGAGCAUGGAGGACCGUACUCUCUAAACCCAGGAUCCCUCCUGUCCUACAGCCACAACCCUCACUUACUACCCCCCUCCAACCUCCACUCCUCCCAGAGUCUGUCAUACACCCACCACCCAAACACUGGAAUGAUGCCCACAUUACUGUGAGGGAAACUUCAACUGGACCGUAAGGAGGCAUCUUCAUUACACUGUACAUAAAGCUUGCGUAAACAUGUGUAUUUGUGACUACCUUUCGCAUUUUUGAAUGAAGAAAGACUGUGUUAAAAACUGUUCCACAAUGGCAGUCUAUAAUAGCUAGUCAUGGAUUUUAAACCUGUAAUAGAGUUUGAAUAGUUGAAAGGGAAAACAUUGAAGCUAAAGACAAAUGUGAAUAUUUAUUAUUGUAAGGCUUAUUGUAUUUGAUGUAUUCAUAUUUCUUCUGAGACAUUAAAUGAAUGUGCCUGAAUGCAAUAAAUGCAUUGAUAAAAUAUCAUGA